GCAAAGAAUACUGAAUAAAUAUGUGAUUUUUCGAAAAAAUGAAGUACUUGGUGGGUGUCAUCGCCGUGUUGGUCAUAUUCACUUCUCAAUAUGGAGCAACCCCUGCUGGUGACGUUAGCUACCUAUACUUGAAAUCACGUGACAUCAGAUUGUCACUACAAUUGUAUAAGAGUCGCAUGAUACCUGAGGAGAGAAAAAAAUUUGACGCUGUUGAAGAGUAUUACGAGGGGGUGGCAUCACAAAUGGUCGAUCUCACUGUUGCAGGAAUUGAUGAAAAGAAUCAUGAAAAUUGUGUCGAUUCUUUGAAAACCAAUCUGAAUAUCGCACUAACUCAAUUCCUAAUGAUGACGGACAAGUGUAUAAGAGCCAGUGUUCCCCAGUUGGGCAUAGUUAUUGAAGAAAUUGAUAAUUUGAUAUCGAUGGGAGGAGCUUUCGAAAAGAAAGUUGAUGGAAUGAGAUCAACUUGCGCCAAUCACAACUCCGCCAGUAUGUUCGAGCAAUGUUUGGAGAAAUAUAUACCAGAGUUAACAUCUUCGGUCGACUAUUACCAAGACCGAGAGGCAAAGCUAAAAACUGAGGUCCAAGUGAUGACUGGUCUGGGAUUCGUUCAAUUUGGGGAGUGCUUGAUACAACCAAGAGAAGAAUUCACGACAAGAAUCGACACUGCAGAGGAGAACGCACUCGAGUGCAUCAACGUAAAAUCCCUUUCUGAAUAAG